UAUAAUAAUUUUGCAGAUAAAAUUACAAGAGUUUAAAUGACUCUCAAAGUUAUAUAGCCAAUAAUUGGAAGAAUAUGGCCUACUCUUAGACUUCCCUAUUUUCAGAGCUGAUAACAUUAGAUUUGGGUGGUUAGGUGGGAAGGUCAGUGAAACAGUCUGCUAACAUUUGCCAAAGGGAAUUUAUAUCUGCUAUCAUUAAUUGUUUUGAAGAUUGUGAUAAAAGCAUCUUUCAUGAGAGAUACUGGAAGACAUCAGUCUGAAGGCUCCAGAUGGAGAUUGAAGGUGAUGAAGAGUGCCACAUUUUAAUGACUGGCAAGAAAUACACCUUGUAGACUAAUAUGAUUUCCUACCUAAGGGAGAUAACAUAUGAACCAAAGACAGAAUAAACACUGAAAACCAACAUUUACUGCAAAGAAAAUAAAGUUUAAAUAUUUAUCCAGUUCCAGAUGCUUCACAGAAGUGUAGGAGAAAUUGAACAAAAUUAGAUUAAAUUCAUUUACAAAAAAAGAAAAAAUUUACAGUAAGAUAAUAGUAGAUUGUCGUAACACUGCAAUGGAUUCCUCCAUGGAAAACAGUACAUAUAUAAACAAAAUGUGGGUUCAAUGUGAAAGUUGUUUGAAGUGGAGGUUGUUGUCAACUGAGGAUGCAGCCAGAGUUGAUCACAAUGAAUCAUGGUAUUGCUACAUGAACACUGAUUUAAAAUAUAAUAAGUGCUCUAUUUCUGAAGAAGACUUUCCUGAAGAGUCUCAAUUUCAUCGAAGUGGAUUUAAGAUUGUCUAUUCACAGAUACCUGUUGGUAGCCUGGUUUUGGUAAAAUUCAAGAAUUGGCCAAGUUGGCCAGGGAUACUUUGCCCUGAUCCUUUUAGAGGUAAAUAUGUGACCUAUGACCUGGAUGGAAAUGUUGAACAGUAUCACAUAGAAUUCCUGGGUGAUCCCCAUUCAACAUCAUGGAUAAAUGCAACAUUUGUUGGACAUUAUAGUAUCACAUUGAAGCCAGGAAAAUAUGAAAGUAGAAGGAAGAAGUGGUAUAUAAGUGCACUACACGAAGCAUACCAUCUUUAUGGAUAUUCUCCUGAGCAAAGACUGGAAAUGUGCUGCCUAUCAAAACAGGAUAAUUCCAAAGCAGAUGACAAAGUUGCUGUUGUGGCCAAGAAAAGGUCUUCCAACUUUUCAUGUAUAUUAGACAAGUUGCCAGUUUCCAAAAAUAAUACUGAAACGAAAAAGCCCAAAUUCAGAAAAAGGAACAGGAAAGCUAUUUUAAAAUGCUGUUUUGAAAAUGUUUGUACAGAUGAUGCCUUAUCAAAGGAAAAUAUGGUUGUCUCUGAGACAGAAGUUUUACUAAAAGAACUGGAGCAAAUGCUACAGCAAGCUCUAGAACCCACAGCAACACCGGAUGAUCCUGAAGAGGAACGUGGGGAGGAAAUAAAUACAGGAGAAAAGUUGCCUCAGUGGGGCCCUGACGCUUCUGCAAGCAGUCCAUUUGAAAACCACUGUGAAGAGGACUAUGUUAUAAUUGACGGGAUAAAAUUAAAAGCUGGGGAAUGUAUUGAAAAUAUAACUAACAAGUUUAAUGAAAUCGAUGCUUUGAUAUCUGAAUUAUAGGGCAUUAUAAAUAUUUUCAAAAGGUAAUUAUAAAAACAAAGUCAAAAACUUAAAAUGUUUAGUGAAAUAGGUAUGUAUUAUACCAAAGUUGAUAUUUGUAAUAGCUUCCUACUUUACAUUUUGAGGAUAUACAUUGUUUUGAGGUUCAAUCAAAUGAUAUUUAAGUUAGUGUGACAGUUUAAGAAUUUAAGAAACCCUAAUGUUUGUAGUUUGUUUUUCUUGUUUGCCCUAAGUUUAAAAUGGGUUGUGAAACUUACUGCACAAAUACAUGCUUUACAAUAGUUAUUUAAGCCCUUUAUUCAAAUAUGGAUGUUAAGGUGGCUGACAAAUCUAUUAUGUUUCUUACAGAUAACUCAAAUCUAAUAUGUUUAGAGAAUGUGUAUUUGUAGUAGAAUUAAGCUAUUACAAAAUAAAAGAAAAUGUAAAAAUGGC